AAAGACAAGGCCCACAUCAAUUUCUGGCCGAGAAAGGAAAGGGAGUGUGUUAUCUCCAGUUCAUUUUCAGUCAAUGAAGCUGCCGUGGUUCUGAUGAUUUAGCAAUUCGGUAGGUAGGCUUGAUGACGACGACGACUUAGCUUCCAGUUAUAGCAAGUUCAGAUCAAUGGAGACGGUGUAUUUUGAUAUUAGAAAUACAGAUUUUUGCUCUCCAAAUUGCAGAAGAAGAAUCACCAGCAAAUCAACUGCCUCAGCUCAUGUUCACUCCCUUCGCAAUCAAACCUUCUUCCCUCGUGUUUUCUCCAAACCCUUGCCUGUUUAUUCUGUUUCUCAUGUACGCCGUUUCAAUUUUGUUGUCAAAGCUGCCGAUCCUCAUCAGCGCCUCCACCAUGACGACGGCCACAGACAUCACCAUCACGACGAUCAUGAUCAUGAUCACCAUCACGGCGAUGAUGAGCAUCAUCAUCACCACCAUCACCACCACCACAAUCACGAACAUCAUGAGGCAUUGACUAAAUCUCAGACAUCGUUACUUCGAUUUGCCAAGGGGAUCGGGUGGUCUCAAUUAGCGAAUUUUUUGCGCGAGAAUUUGGAGCUUUGCUGCUGUUCAGUUGCAAUGUUUGUCGCUGCUGCUGCCUGCCCAUAUUUAAUCCCUAAACCGGCUGUCAAGCCUCUGCAACUAGGUCUCACUUUCAUCGCUUUCCCUCUCGUUGGGGGUUCUGCCUCACUUGAUGCUACUGAUAUAGCUGGUGGAAAUAACAUUCAUGUGUUGAUGCUCUCGCCAGCCUUUGCUUCAGCAUUUAUGGGAAAUCCAUUGGAAGGAGGGCUGCUCCUUGCAAUGUUUAAUUUGGCCCAUAUUGCGGAAGAGUAUUUCACCAGUCGCUCAAAGGUUGAUGUUAAGGAUUUGAAAGAGAAUUAUUCAGAUCAUGCUCUUGUCCUGGAAGUGUAUGAUGGGAGAUUGCCUAACUUCUCAGACUUGAGAUACUCAGAAGUCCCUGUCAACAACUUAAAAAGCGGGUUCUACAUUCUAGUGAAAGCUGUGAGGUGGGUUUUUAUAUGCAACAAUAUCCUCUAUAGGAUCGGGUUGGGGGUGCUAAGUGCAAGUGUACUGAUGGAUGUUGGUUUACAUUUGGUUCAGUCUGUCCCUCUAGAUUGUGAAGUUGUCCAAGGUAGAUCAACUAUUACUGUUGAGCUGACCGGAGAAGUCAAGCCUUUGGAGACAAGUGGGGAUUGCAUUCCUGGUGGUGCAAGGAACGUUGAUGGUAUGCUAAUAGUCAAGGCCAAAAAGACAUGGAAGGACUCUAUGCUGAGCAAGAUAGUGCAGCUGACAGAAGAAGCUCAACUUAGCAAACCAAAGCUCCAGAGAUGGUUGGAUACGUUUGGGGAGCUUUACAGCAAACUGGUUGUAGCUUUAUCUCUUGCUGUGGCCUUGCUUGGGCCUUUGCUUUUUAAGUGGCCAUUCAUCAGUACAUCAGGUUGCAGAGGAUCUGUUUAUAGGGCAUUGGGACUUAUGGUUGCUGCCUCACCUUGUGCAUUGGCUGUUGCCCCAUUAGCAUAUGCUACAGCAAUUAGUGCCUGUGCAAGGAAGGGAAUAUUACUUAAAGGCGGACAUGUCCUAGAUGCACUAGCUUCUUGCCAUACUAUUGCUUUUGAUAAAACUGGAACACUUACAACAGGAGAGUUUAUGUGCAAAGCAAUUGAACCAAUCCAUGGACACAUGAGUAACAAAGGAGAGAUAAAAGCUACUUGUUGUGUACCUGAUUGUGAAAGAGCUCUUGCUGUGGCUGCUGCCAUGGAGAAGGGUACCACUCAUCCAAUUGGAAGAGCUGUUGUUGAUCAUAGUGGUAGGAAAAGAUCUCCUUCAAUUUCUGUUGAAACAUUUGAGAAUCUACCUGGAAGAGGUCUUUUUGCAACAUUAUCUACCCUUGAGACAGGACUUGGAGGCGGUGAAUCAUUGCAAGCUUCACUUGGUUCAGUAGAAUAUAUCACUUCACUUUUUAACUCUGACAAGGAAUCAAUGGCGAUUGAGAAAGCAGUUAAUACCUCUUCGUAUAGGGGUGAUUUUGUUCGCGCUGCUCUCUCCAUUAAUAAAAAGAAGGUAACAUUAUUUCAUUUUGAGGACACACCUCGUCCUGGUACUGGAGUAAUAAAAUCAUUACAAGAUCAAGAACCUCUUCAUGUGAUGAUGCUGACUGGUGAUCAUGAAUCAAGUGCAUGGAGAGUUGCCAAUGCAGUCGGUAUCAAAGAAGUUCACAGCAACCUGAAACCUGAGGAUAAGCUGGGACAUGUGACGAGAAUCUCAAGGGACACAGGUGGGAGGUUAAUAAUGGUUGGAGAUGGUAUAAAUGAUGCUCCUGCACUUGCGGCAGCUACAGUGGAAUCGGUGGCCCUUUGCCCAGCGUGCUAGUGCAAACUGCGACUGCCAGUAGCAAUGUGACUUCUGUUGCAGGAUAACUUUCUGUGUCUCCCAUUUUGUAUUGCUAAAUCUCAACAAACAUCAUCCUUGGUGAAACAAAAUGUCGCCCUUGCCUAUUUAGGCAUCAUCCUGGCUUCCUUACUUCUGUUUUAGGUUUCUCCCGCUAUGCUAACGGUUCUUCUCCAUGAAGGUGGAACCCUUCUUGUUUGCCUGAAUUCUGUCCGUGCUUUGAAUAAUCCAACAUUCUCAUGGGAACAGAAUCUUCUUGGAAUGUCUGAUACAUACAGAUCAUUAUUUCAAAGGGACCAUAAAAAUCACUCAAGCACCAUACAGGCUGCACCUUUGUAACCAUUUUAUUUAUAAUUAUUUUUUUGUGGUUGUAGGACCCCCCCCCCCCCCCCCCCCCCCCCCCCCCCCCCCCUUUUUUUUUAUUGAUGUGAAUAGAAGAAAGAUAAAUUUAUGUCAAAUAAAUCCCUGAAAAAAUUGCAAGCUUCUGUUAUGAAACUCAUCUUCCAUUUCAUGAAUAUGAUGAUUAUAAGAUGUUGUGGUU